AGCUGCGGAGCCUGAAGAGCAGCUGGCAGUUGGGGAGGUGAAAGUUUCGGUGCGCAGACGGACGCCCGGCUCCCUCGCAGACAUGAGCGCCCUCAGCGAGCCCGUGGCCAUCGCCCGCCCGCCCCGCUCCUCCAGGAGGCACAAGAGCAUGAGGAAGAACUCCCGCAGGAUCUACUCGCACUACCAAGACCCGGUGCCCGGCCAAUCGGACGAAGAGGAUAAAGAAGAUGAGAGAGUCGACAGCAACGACCCCGAGGAGAUGUUCCAGAACAUUCAGAUCCAGAAGGAGAUUAUUGCCAAUAUUCGAAGCCGACCCUGGCCUAUGAGACACAAACUGAAGGCCCUCAAGCAGGCUCGGGAGAUCGUUCUGAAGUACGAGGGCAGGCUGACCAGAACCAGAGGGUACCAGGCUGCAGGAGCUGAUUUGCUGAAGAAACUGUCCCGCCUGCUGUACAACAUCGUGGUUCUGUUCAUUCCCUGGGAGAUGAGAAUUAAGAAGAUUGAGAGUCAUUUCGGGUCAGGCGUGGCCUCCUACUUCAUCUUCCUGCGAUGGCUUUUUGGAAUCAACAUUGUCCUCACCAUCAUGACUGGAGCUUUCAUUGUACUCCCAGAACUGCUGGCAGGGGCACCCUUUGGUACCACCAGGAGUAAGACCAUUCCGAAGGAGCACCUGGCCUCUGCUCAAGACCUGGACACCAUCUGGUCUCUCGGGGGCUACCUCCAGUACUCGGUCCUGUUCUAUGGUUACUAUGGCCGGGUUCGAAAGAUUGGAAGUGCCGGGUAUCGGCUGCCUCUGGCCUACUUUCUGGUUGGGAUGGCUGUUUUUGCCUACAGUUUCAUCAUACUGUUAAGAAAAAUGGCCAAAAACUCGAGGCUGAGCCUGGCCAGCGCCUCCGAUGAGAACUACACUUUCUGCUGGAGGGUGUUCUGUGCCUGGGACUAUCUGAUCGGGAACCCGGAAGCCGCUGAGAGCAAAGGGGCGGCCAUCGUCAACAACAUCAGGGAGGCCAUUGUUGAAGAACAAGAGAAGAAGAAGGACACGAGUCUUGCUGUGCUGGUCAGUCUGCGCAUCCUGGCCAACAUCCUGGUCCUGCUGUCUCUGGCAGGCAGCAUCUAUAUCAUCUACUUUGUGGUGGACCGUUCCCAGAAGCUGGAGCAGGAGAAGCCAGAGCUCACACUGUGGGAAAAGAAUGAGGUCAGUGUGGUGGUGUCCCUGAUCACCAUGAUUGCACCGUCAGCAUUUGAGCUGGUGGCCCAGCUGGAGAUGUACCACCCCAGGACCAGCCUCCGUUUCCAGCUGGCCAGAGUGUUGGUCUUGUAUUUGGGAAACCUGUACAGCCUGAUCAUUGCCCUCCUGGACAAGGUGAACAGCAUGAGCUCAGCUAUUCCCGUGGCAGCUGCGGGGAACUGGUCAGACUCCUCAGCUUUCCUGGCCACCAUUGCCCUGCCCGAGGAGGAGAACCUGGCCACCAUUGUGCCGGAGAUCUCCGACCGGCAGAACAGCACCAUGGCUGUGGCACUGGAACCCAAUCGGACCAAGAGUGCCAUGCCCCUCAUCCAGAACCACACCGCCCUGUACGAGUACAACAUGCGCUCACAGCAAGACCAGUGCUGGGAGACAUACGUCGGGCAGGAAAUGUUGAAACUCUCGAUCAUUGACAUGAUAUUUACGGUGGCGAGCAUCUUGCUUAUCGACUUCAUCCGUGGACUUUUCGUCCGGUACCUGAGUGACUGCUGCUGUUGGGAUCUGGAAAGCAAGUUUCCUGAAUAUGGAGAAUUUAAAAUUGCUGAGAACGUUCUCCAUUUGAUCUACAACCAAGGAAUGAUCUGGAUGGGAGCGUUCUUCUCACCAUGCCUGCCAGCAUUUAACGUAAUGAAGCUGAUUGGUCUGAUGUAUCUGCGUAGCUGGGCCGUCCUUACCUGCAAUGUCCCACAUCAACAGGUUUUCCGAGCCUCCAGGUCUAAUAACUUCUACCUGGCCAUGCUGCUGUUCAUGCUCUUCCUGUGCAUGCUGCCGACCAUCUUUGCCAUUGUGAGGUACAGGCCAUCCCAGCACUGUGGUCCCUUCAGUGGCCAGGAGAAGAUCUAUGAUAUCAUCUCUGAAACGAUCGCGGCAGACUUCCCACUCUGGUUCAGUAAAGUGAUGAGCUAUGUGACGAGUCCCGUUGUGGUCCUGCCUGCCCUGCUCCUGCUGUUUAUGCUGAUAUACUACCUUCAGGCCAUCGCCAGAUCUUUAAAAUUCACCAACAAUCAGCUGAGAAUGCAGCUUCAGACCAAGCAGCAAGCCGAUCGAAGCGCGUGCAAGAAACUCAGAGAGAGGACAGAAGAUAAGAAGAAGGUCUUUCAGAUGGCUGCAGCCCGGCUCCAGGGCACAGAGGAGGGAGGGAAGAAGACGGAGCAGGAGAGUGACAUCACCAGCCAGGAGUCGUCUGUCCGCUCCUCCUCCCCCCGGCGAAACGGCAGCGUCGCCAACUUUGAGUCCCCGGCUCAGCGUGGCAACAGCAUCCGCACCAUUGCCCAGUCUGCCUCGCGCUCGGACGUGAGCCGGGCCAUUGGCACCUCACCAAACCCCUCCAUCCCAAUCCUGCAGAAGCACCGAAUGGACAAGAUCCCCAGCAGGCCCCCCGGGUAUCUUGGAGGUGCCACAGGCAGCAGAUGCAAGUCUUACCACCACGUGGCAUACAACCCCUGCAGCCGCUACACUGAGAACAUCCACUCUGACCCCCUGUUCAGGAAGAGCGUGCGGCUGGCGCACCCGGACACGGUGGGACUGGCAGCAGCCCAGAGCUUCUCUGGACGACGCUCCCACACCACGCGCUACGUCAUCGUCAACGAGCACGAGGUCCGCAAAAAGCUGCUUCGGUCCUCCACCCGAAUCCCUCGGCACUACCGCUCUGGCGACACCAGCGACAUCGUGGAGCUGUACCCUCGAAACAACAAGAGGUUCGCCGGUCGCGCCCAUCACCGCUCACACCAGCCACACCUCAGUGAGGAGGAGGAGGAGGAGGAAGAAGAGGAGGAACUGAGAAGCGUGCGCAGGGGCUCCUUCGGCCAGUCACACCGUCCGCGUUCGCUGUCCGACCUCCACCAGCCGGCGCCUGCGCGCUUCUACAUUGGGGACCAGGUGGGCAGUGAGCUCUCCAUGACGCAGGAACUGGGGGGGGACAGGUACGGGAAGCGGGGGCAGGGGCAGGACGAGGUUGAGGGGGACUGGGAGGACGCAGCAUCGCGCUCGCUCUCCCAGACCAACGUCCGCACUGUCCUGCCCCCAUCCGUGCACAAUGAGCCACAGGUCAAGCCCAAAACCAAGCACAAGGUGGUGCCAUCUCUCACAGAGUCAGACUCGGCUUCAGUAGCGUCCAGCAGUGACCCUCAGAACAGCAGCACUGACCAGUACAUCCAGGUCAUUCACAACAAAGACAAAUACCUCAAGUCCAGUGGCAAGCUCACAAAGAAGAAGUCCAAAGCCAGCACGGAUUUCAAUGUGUCUGGGUCUAAUGAACUGGUCUGCUCAAAUGUUUGAGGAUAAUAAUAAUAAUAAUAAUAAUAAUAAUAAUAAUAAUAAUAAUAAUAAUAAUAAUAAUAAUAAUAAUGUACAGAGCCCCCUAGGUCUUAACUGAGAAAAAUUUGAUAAAUUGCUGUCUCAAAAUUGUAAUCUGAGAUCAUCAGAGAUGUGGAAAAAAGUGAUAUGGUCAGAUGAGUCAUCCUUUACCAUAUUCUGGACAAGUGGGCGAGUGCAUGUGUGGCGUACGCCAAGCGAACAAUACAUGACUUGUAGAAUCUAUGCCAAGGCGCAUUGAAGCUGUGGUCCUCGUGGUGGCCCAACACCUUACUAAGACACUUCAUGUUGGUUUUUCUUUUAAUUUGUCACCCGUCUGUAUGUACUCAAAUAAUCAGAAUGUUUUACAAUGAAAAAGGGUGUAAAUAUGUAAUUGGUGGUGGGUGGUGCACAGCUAGUUCCCUUGUUCCGUGCUUACAAGGUCCUCGUGUAAAUGCUCACCACUCAUUCAUUAAAGUGGUCAGGAUAAGAUGACUUUAUUUUAUUUUUUUUCCAAUUUGUGUACACUAUGUUGUCAUUUUGCCGUUCAGCACUGAAUGUUUUGGUGAUGCGUGCUACAGUUUAUCUCAUGGCUGUUUUGUAAAUUGCCAGAUUGUACUUGUGGCACUAAUCAAAUAAAAAAAGAACAGAGCACUGAUAACCCAUAUGUAAUAUACAGUAUUCCUUUCAUGUGCAUGUUCUUUGUUUUUUUUUUAAACGUUUGAUGUGUGUUAUAUUUGGGAUUUUUGUGC